CCUAGUUUUCGGCGGUGAGGUUAGCCGGUUGAGACACCCGCCUCACUGGGACCUGAAAUGGCCUCCGGAGCACGUGCAACGGCCCGCCUCCGCAACCGGCCCUGGCACACGUUACGCUUAGGGCAUGUUCGCUGCACUAAAGGGCCAGCGUCCACCUGUAAAACGCGUUAAGUGUGAGGGACUUGUAGGAGGGCUAGGGCUUCUGGCAGGCAGGGCAUUUCCAGAUAGCGGCACUGCACUGACAAGUGUUGGCUUGGGUGGGUUGAUUGCUCACCAGCUCCAGUGCCGGAGGGCUGGGUCUGGGAAGCGGUGUUUGCUGCCUGGCUGGUGACUCCAGCCCUGCCUGCAGCCUGGUGAGCAGCGCCCUGCCAUUGCUCUGAGCACCUCCUCUAGCCACUGGUAGUGCUGUGUGCCAUCUAAGUAAAGCCCCUGCUAUGUGUCUGUGCCCUUGUUUUACCCAUGCUGAGCUCGUCGGAGGACUGGGGUCCUAGCUUGUAAAACUGGCAUUAAAGCAGCAGCACUAUUGCUAGGAGCAGGGAACCUACUCUAUUUUGUCUUUCCAGGGAGGGUUGAAAAAAAGGCAGAUUGAACUCCCUUUGUUCUCUUUCCCCCUUCCCAUUUUAAAAACAGCCACAGGCUGGGAGCUCCUGGGACACAAGUUAUAAAAGAUGCCACAUUUUUAAACAUUGUUAUCUGAUACCUCAUGCAAUGAGGGGUCAGAUUUUCUUUCACCCGAUUGGCCAUUUUUUAAACCGUCCACAGCCGUGCACUUGUGUUUGGUCACGGCUAUAAACUGCUUUCUGUGGCCAGAUUGGGCAAAAAUUGUCAGUUCUGUCCACACCUAAUUUGUUUGCUAAGUUUGACCCUGCAGAAAGGUUCAUCUUUUUACUUGAAUAUCCUGUGAGGGUCUCCACUGGCCGAACAAGAAGUGGGAAAGACACCUGUGCCAUUUUGAUGGGAGAUACUGAAGUAAGGAGCAACAUGCAGAUGUAAAAGCCAAGCAUGUGCGCACGCUUCCCACAGGACUCAGCUCUGAGUCACUGCUGCGUGGGCUACUGAACCCGUUUUUCUAGUCAGAAUUACAAAGCUGCUUUGGAAGAACAUGGGUUUUGCUGCCACAUGUCAUUAAUGAUGUGAUGACCACCUAAAAUCCAAUCCGACCCCUGCGUGAUUCCCCAGCUCCAGGUUGAGUGUGUCCUACAACUGAUGGCCCUUAAUACAGACCCACAGUAUAAAUGAAAACAGAUUGAGCCCACAACAAAUCCUUCUUUCAGUGGCAUUUGUGAGUAGGCUGUGCAUGAGCACCUUACGUGCAGGAUGCCUUAUUUUUACCGGCUCCAUUUUUAAAAGACCAUGUUAGAAAAAUGGAGGUGGCAACAGAUCACCCUGGCACAAACCCCGUGGGGGUGGGCGGCACCUCCAGCCCGCAGGCGCCGAGGCCCACGCUGUGAACACGCGCUGUCACGCAACAGCCGGCAACGCGCUAGGCCUCGCGGGCCCACAGUCCCCAGCAUGCUGCGCGCCGCGAGGCGGGGAUCUAUCCCAGCAUGCCAGGCGGCGCCGGCCCUGAUGGCGAGGGAAGGAUGAAGAUGAGGCAUCAGUGUGAAACAUCCAAGAAAAUGGCAGAUCUGGCUCCAGAAUAUAUAGAGAAAGAAGUUUUCAGUAAGGAUGUUUGUAGAUUCCUCUGCAGGAGAAAGGGGUGAAGCUGAUGAUAAUAAUAGGAAACAAGGAAUAUAGCAAUAGAGAUGGAUGAACAAGCCCUUCUAGGGCUAAACCCUAAUGCUGAUGCAGAUUUCAGGCAAAGGGCAUUGGCUUAUUUUGAACAGCUGAAGAUAUCCCAGGAUGCCUGGCAAGUCUGUGCAGAAGCAUUAGCCCAACGCAUAUACAGUGAUGAUCACAUCAAGUUCUUCUGCUUUCAAGUUCUGGAACAUCAAAUUAAAUUCAAAUAUUCUGAACUUACUGAAGUCCAGCAGCAGCUAAUUAGGGAAACGCUUAUAACAUGGCUACAAGCUCAGAUGGUGAAUCCCCAGCCAGAAAAAACUUUUAUUCGCAACAAAGCAGCCCAAGUCUUUGCUAUGCUGUUUGUUACAGAGUAUCUCACAAAAUGGCCCAAGUUUUUUUUUGAUAUUUUGUCAGUAGUUGAUCUUAACCCUCGAGGAGUGGAUAUGUACCUCAGAAUUCUUAUGGCUGUUGAUGCUGAGCUGGUAGACCGGGAUGUAGUUCACACAUCAGAGGAGGCCCGUAGGAAUACCUUAUUGAAAGACACCAUGAGGGAACAGUGCAUUCCAAGUCUGGUGGAAUCGUGGUACCAAAUCUUACAAAAUUAUCAAUAUACUAAUUCAGAGUUGACCUGCCAGUGCCUUGAAGUAGUUGGAGCUUAUGUCUCCUGGAUAGACUUGAACCUGAUAGCCAAUGAAAGGUUUAUAAAUAUGCUGCUAGGUCACAUGUCUGUAGAGGUUCUCCGGGAAGAAGCAUGUGACUGUUUGUUUGAAAUUGUAAAUAAGGGAAUGGAUCCAGUUGAUAAAACAAAAUUGGUAGAAUCUUUGUGUCAAGUGUUACAGUCUGCUGGCCUCUUCAGUAUUGAUCAGGAAGAUGAUGUGGAUUUUCUAGCCAGAUUUUCUAAACUGGUUAAUGGAAUGGGCCAAGCACUCAUAACCAGCUGGACAAAACUGGUAAAAAGUGGGGAUAUGAAGAGUGCUCAAGACACCUUGCAGGCUAUUGAAGCAAAAGUAGCCCUAAUGUUGCAACUGCUAAUUCAUGAAGAUGAUGACAUCUCAUCUAAUAUUAUUGGGUUUUGCUAUGACUACCUUCACAUCUUGAAACAGCUUUCUGCGUUAUCAGACCAGCAAAAAACUAAUGUAGAGGCAGUUAUGUUGGCUGUUAUGAAGAAAUUGACCUACGAUGAAGAAUAUAACUUUGAAAAUGAGGGUGAAGAUGAAGCAAUGUUUGUGGAGUACAGGAAACAGCUGAAACUACUGUUGGACAGACUAGCUCAGGUCUCACCAGAGUUACUUUUGGCUUCUGUCCGAAGAGUUUUUAACACUACGCUUCAAAACUGGCAAACUACACGGUUUAUGGAAGUAGAAGUAGCGAUAAGGCUGCUGUAUAUGCUGGCUGAGGCUCUCCCUGUAUCACAUGGGGCUCAUUUCUCUGGUGAUGUUACAAAAGCUACUGCUUUGCAGGAUAUGAUGAGAACUCUGGUAACAUCUGGUGUUAGUGCCUAUGAACAUACAUCAGUGACACUGGAAUUUUUUGAAACGGUGGUUAGAUAUGAAAAGUUUUUUGCUGUUGAACACCAGCACAUUCCAAAUGUUUUGAUGGCAUUUUUGGAUCAUCGAGGUCUUCGCCAUACUAAUGCAAAAGUGCGAAGCAGAACAGCUUACCUCUUCUCAAGAUUUGUCAAGUCUCUUAAUAAACAAAUGAAUCCCUUUAUUGAAGAUGUUUUGAACAGGAUACAAGAUCUGCUAGAACUUUCUCCACCUGAAAAUGGUUACCAGGCUUUAUUAAGCAGCGAUGAUCAACUGUUUAUUUAUGAAACAGCUGGGGUCCUGAUAGUUAACAGUGAAUAUUCUGCAGAAAGAAAACAGGCCCUCAUGAGGAAUCUGUUGACUCCACUAAUGGAAAAAUUUAAAGUGCUGUUAGAAAAGCUGAUGAUGGCACAAGAUGAAGACAGACAGAUGGCACUGGCUGACUGCCUCAAUCAUGCAGUUGGCUUUGCUAGCCGAACCAGCAAAGCAUUCAGCAACAAGCAGACAGUAAAACAGUGUGGCUGCUCUGAAGUAUAUCUGGACUGCUUACAGACAUUUUUGCCAGCUCUCAGCUGUCCCUUACAGAAAGAAGUUCUCAGAAGUGGCGUCCGCACUUUCCUUCAUCGCAUGAUUAUUUGCUUAGAAGAAGAAGUUCUUCCAUUCAUCCCUUCUGCCUCAGAACAUAUGCUUAAGGAUUGUGAAGCAAAAGAUCUUCAAGAAUUCAUUCCUCUCAUAAAUCAAAUAACAGCUAAGUUCAAGCGAAAUUUACAGACCCAGGUUUCUCCAUUUCUGCAGCAAAUGUUUAUGCCGCUACUUCAUGCUAUUUUUGAAGUGUUGCUCCGCCCAGCAGAAGAAAAUGACCAGUCUGCUGCUUUAGAAAAGCAAAUGUUACGGAGGAGUUAUUUUGCCUUCUUACAGACGGUCACUGGUAGUGGUAUGAGUGAAGUCAUAGCUAAUCAGGGUGCCGAGAACGUGGAGCGAAUAUUGAUCACUAUCAUUCAAGGAGCAGUGGAAUAUCCAGAUCCUAUUGCACAGAAAACUUGCUUUAUUAUUCUUUCAAAGUUGGUAGAGCUUUGGGGAGGCAAAGAUGGACCAGUGGGUUUUGCAGACUUUGUCUACAAACACAUUGUUCCUGCAUGUUUCUUGGCACCUUUAAAACAAACAUUUGACUUGGCAGAUGCACAGACAGUAUUGGCUUUAUCAGAAUGUGCAGUAACAUUAAAAACAAUUCAUCUCAAAAGGGGUCCUGAAUGUAUUCAGUAUCUUCAGCAAGAGUAUCUGCCUUCCCUGCAGGUAGCUCCUGAAAUAAUCCAGGAGUUUUGUCAAGUGCUUCAGCAACCUGAUGCUAAAGUUUUUAAAAAUUACUUAAAGGUAUUCUUUCAGAGAGCAAAGCCCUAAGGAAAAUACUGGAAUCUCAUGUACCUGUUUUCAUAAUCAGAAAGUCCAGUUAUUAAUUUAUAAAAAUGCUAACUUUUGUGCCAUUUAAACUGGUUUUGUUUUUAAUGAUGUUACUUUGUGCUUACAACGGAACAUUAUUUUAGCCUUUGUGUAAAAAAUGCAAAAGAAUAUGCCCCCACUUCUGCAUUUUGCAAACAUGCAAGGUAUGUGACAACAUGAAAAGUUGCCUUCAUGCCUGCACCAACAUGUUUUACUUUGUAUAGGAUGAUUUAAGUUUAUGCUGUAACAAAUACACCAAUGAAAUAUCUGGUUUUUAUUUUUGAAAUUAAAUGUAAAAAUCCCUUCUAAGACCAUAGCAGUGGUUAUUAAACUGUGUACAUUUUUUAAAAUAAAGAAUUACAUGUUUUCAUAAGAUACAUAUUUCAGUUCAUGUAUGAUGACAUGAAAAAUAAAGCAAUCAAACUCAUUUUUGU